UGAUACCAAUAUGCGAGCUUGUACGCUCCAGAGCUACGCACCAUAUAAACCAAGCAGCACUGGGGAGAAGCAGUAGUCUUCAGCUGAGGAAUAGGAAUUAUUGGGAAGCAGCAGGAGAGGCUGUCGCAUAGCCCGUGGGAGAGCGGAGGAAGAAGGGGGGGAAUUACUGGGGAGGUGGAUUUGGAAUGAAGCUUGCAGGUCUGAAAACUGUGCAAAAUGCGCACGGGGAGUCCAUAUGGGCUGUGACAUGGGUGCCUGCAACAGAGUCGAGCCCGCCUUUGCUGCUGAGCGGAUCAGUGGACGAGAGCGUGAAGAUAUGGCGGGGCGACGAAUUGGAAGAGGAGGCGUGCAACACCGGACACUCGCUAGGAGUGGUGGCAGUGGCGGCGCAUCCAGCGGGCUCAAUUGCAGCUUCCACCUCGCUCGACAGCUUCGUCCGCGUCUUCGACGUUCACUCCAACUCCACCAUCUCCAUCCUUGAUUCGCCCCCCUCGGAGGCCUGGAACAUGCACUUCCAUCCCAAGGGUGACCUAUUGGCUGUUGCUGGAGGAGGCAGUGCUUCUGUAAAGCUAUGGAAUACUGCUACAUGGCGAACAGAUAUUUCUCUUGCAAUUCCCAGAGGAGAGGGUACCAUUGGAAAAUCAUCAGACAAGUCUGGAGGAAAAUUUGUUCUGGCUGUUGCAUGGAGCUCAGAUGGUAGAAGACUUGCAUGUAGUACAAUGGAUGGAACAAUAUCUGUUUUUGAUGUGGCACGUGGCAAAUUUCUAUACAAUUUGGAGGGUCACUAUAUGCCUGUGAGAUCUCUUGUGUUUUCUCCCACUAAUUCACGGAUUCUAUACACUGCUUCAGAUGAUACACAUAUUCACUGCUAUGAUGUAGAAAAUAAGAGCCUCAUCUAUGCCAUGUCUGGACAUACAAAUUGGGUUCUGAGCAUUGAUUUUAGUCCAGAUGGUCAAGCGAUUGCCUCAGGAUCCAGUGACAGGACAGUUAGACUUUGGGACCUUUCCAUGAGGGCAUCUGUUCAAACAAUGACCAAUCAUACAGAUCAAGUGUGGGGUGUAGCAUUUCGUCCACCUGGGGAUCAAGGUGGGAGAGCAGGCAGACUCGCAAGCGUUUCUGAUGACAAAAGUAUAUCAUUGUAUGACUUUACUUGAGCUUUGUUAUCUGCAGAAUUAUGAUUUCUGUUCGCCUAUCUAGUUAAUGGAAAGCUAAUGGCUUCUCCUGCCACGCUAGAGAAAAUUGCUGUUUUGUAUGUUAUGUCAACUAACGAAGUAUCGCGCCCAUGUUUUCCUUCAUUGGUCUUAGUUACAAUUUAUAAGCAUCUUACAAAAGUCUGGAAUUGAUUUUUUCAGAGGAUAGAAACCUACAGAUUUUACUAUUCAGCCUAAUGAAGAACAUGAAAAUGUUAUCCAGAAAUCUUAUUGGACUUUUCAGAGUUUA